UUUAUUCACUUGAAAAUUAUGCCGAAGAUAUAAGAUAUAUCUACAUACAUACCCCGGCUUGAAAUUUUUAAUUUAUAUCAUUGUUGCGUGGUAGGUUGCCAGCGCUCUCAGCGUGAUGUCGUAAAUCUGGCAAUUUGCGAUGUUCCAAUAUGUAAAAUUAAAUUCCAAGUGGAAUAAUACUUUUUUCAAGGAAUAAAUGGUUUGUAAAAUUUAUACAGACGAUUAGAGUAAUUAGGGUGAUACUGUUGCAAAUUGUGUUAUGUAGUUGAUUUACCUUAUUGUUUUUGAUAAGCAAUAACGAUAAGAUAAAUCAAAAUGUAGUCUAAUCUCACAAAUUUGCUUCAACGUCCUUCCAAUAUCGUUUGGGUAUUGGCUGCAGGAAUGUACAUAGCUAUUCCUGAACUAAAUUUUCUGUUGUAAUAAACAUAAUGUUAUGGACAAAGUUGGGGCUAUGAUUCAAGUGGAAAUUAUAUUAGAUAUACAUAUGCCUUGAUCAGGCGGGCAAGGACGAAUGAAAGAAUGGUUCAGCCAACAACAGCAACAAUAGACAACGAGCAGCGCAGGCGCCAGGUUAUCAGCAACCACAGUUUCAGGUGCAGGACCAAUUUCCAUCUCAAGCUGUUUUCGAAGAGCCUAAGGUGGAAGCUAUGCAGCAGGAACCUGCUAAUAACCAAAACCUCCAGGAAGACGUAGCAGUUGAUAAAUUAGUGCCAGACACUGAAAAUGAUGAUGACGCAUCUUCUAUUCGCGAAAAUGGUAAACUGAAGUUCAAAAAAAUUUUCUUAACUAGAAAGAAGUCUUCAGUUCGAGCAAAGGAGCAGAAGAUACGCCAAAAUCGCCGUUUGCGCAAAGCUAUACUACCCAAAAAUGCUUUAAUGGCUUUAAAUGAAGUAAAAGGCAUUAAAAUAAGCGAUUUUACUAUUAGCAAUAAUAUUAACGGUGGCUUCAUUGCACUUGUAACUGUUAAUGCGAGCGAGUAUGAGGGCAAGGGCAAUUCAAAAACUGCUGCUAAAAAUAAUGCAUGCGAAAAGGCUUUACGAGACUUUGUCCUUGCUAAAAUGAUGGAAAAGCCUAGACUACCCAAAAACCAAAAACUUUCAAGUGAGGAUGUCAAUAUGGAUACUACAAAUGACUCAGACGCAACAGAUUCACAAAAUCCUCCUGAUGAUGAUUUACCUAUGAUUAAUUUGGCUUCAUUUGCCAUAUAUAAACUUUUCUCAGAGUGGGAGAGUGAGGGUUAUAUUGUUCCUGAACUUCAUCCUUCAGCAAAUGGUAAUCCAGAACAUGAUGCAACCACUCCAAAGGAACCGAAAAAAGCUCCAAUUCGUAAUGAUCUACCACCAAAUUGGGAAGAUAUGCACCCAACUACUUUGCUUUGCAUGAUGCGUCCAGGAUUGGUUUAUAAUUAUGAUGGAGUCAUUGGCGAAAAGCCCAACGUGUUGCAGCAAGUAAGUGUGACACUUGAUGAACAGGUGUUUACAUCAACUGGCCGGUCCAAGAAAGUUGCACGUAGAAAUGUUGCAGUAAAAAUUUGCAACGAAUUAUUUAGCACUAAUUUUACAACUGAAGAAUAGAAGAAUAGACUAUUUAACUAACUAUAAAUUAAUUAAAUUUAUAUUAAAUAUAAGUACAUACUUAACGGAAAAUAGAGAGACAAACAGACAUUUUGCAAAUAUAAUAUAUGUUAAUUAACCACAAGCAUAAACAAUAAAAAUUCUGCAAAAACAGUAUUUCAAAUUAAACC